CUUGGUGACAAGUGGGGUGGGAAGAGGGAGGGCAGGUUUUGCCCUGGCUUGUUCAGGCAUGAAUGAGGAUGCCAUUACCGAUGUUGAGUUGGUCCUGAUUUGGAGCUUUUGGUACCGUUGAUCGUACAGAUUUUUGGUGUUUCUGGGAAUAGUUGGAAUGAAGAAUGUUCUUUGAGAAAAGGGUUUUGAUGAGUGUUGCAGAAGGGAGCAUGAGAUUGCGGAAUGACUGAGAUUCUUGGAGCCAAGUAGUGAUGACACCGCUGACUUCAUUUCAUUUCACUUUCUGUUCCUGAUACUCUAUUAGAACGUUUAGGCUUCUUAUGGUGAAGAUGAGAUCACUUGAUCAAGGCUGGCAAACAGCGUUUCAAGAAAAUUCCCAGUCCCAACUGUUACCUUGCCUCUCAACGGUCAUUAACUGCCUUAUCGCGCCUUUUCCAAUUGAGUUCUAUACUGUAUAUAAAUUGAAACAAUAUGCACCAAUGAAUCAACAAUUUCUAUUCACUGCUCUCUCUAAGUCGGUGGUGCUACUAUUCUGGAGCAACCACCAACUAAUUCCAAACUUCAAAAGGACAACGUUCCCACUUUCCUUCAAAGAAACUGAGAUUAACAGACACUCUCAGGUCUUCAGGUAUGGCGGAUCCAAAUGCCAAUGUUCCCAAUCAUGACCCUUUUUAUGCCCCAUUAGCGGAUAACACUCUUACUUUCAUGAACAACAUGGAGCCCCUACUUAGGGAUGGGGAUACAACCACAACCUAUUUAAACACCCAACGGCGUGCUAUGAACAAUAUCAUGGGCAACAGGAAUCACCCAUUUAUGGAUGACACUAGGAACAGUUUCUUGAACAACAUGAAUCCCUCUCUUUCAGGGAACUCUUCUUUAAAUAAUUCAAACAUGUGGCAUUUACCCGUUAACUCUCAGUCGAAUCCUUCAAACAACAAUUUGGGAACGAGUUCUCAAAUACAACCAAACUUCGAAAAAGAAGAUUUAAACAAUCCGCAUGUUCCUACUCGUGUGGACUCGCCUAUCCAGGAACUCUCGCAACACCUCUUUUUUCGUCAGUCACGCGAGAAACGUAAGCAACCUAUCGAUGUUAUUCGUUCGAAGGAAUCGGGUCAAACCUAUACUCGCAGGAAGAAAAACUCUAAUGCAGGGUGCUCUGGGUCGGGUACGUCAAAGAAUCAUGGGGAAAUGAAUAAUCAAGGUGAAACAAACUUGGUAAAUGAAAAUGUAAACAGCCAGAGUAUUCUUAGGCAACAGGACUUAUUACCUGUCCAGGAACCUGUUUUACAUCCCACUUCAAUUCCUCCAUUAUCAGAGCAGGAAGCUACUGAACCUUUACAGACAGCAACCAAUUGGGAGGGUACUGGUAAUGAGUCCAAUUUGGAAAAUUCUCAAGCGGGUAUGCAUAAUGAGUCUAAUUUGGAGAAUUCUCAAACGGCUUCUUUUAGUUUUCAUCGAGAAACUAGCAGUCAAGUAGAGACAAGUUUGAGAACAGAAAGGUUUGAUAACAAUAAGGGGAAACUUUCUGGUAGGCCUAGGGGACCACCCCCGUCUGAUUGUAGCGGUUGCGAAAUGUUGAGAGAAAUUAUUCAUCGCAAAGGCCCCCUUGUUAAGAAACUACAGCUUCAUGGUGAAUUAUUACGUGGCCGUUAUUUUCAUGCUCUCAUUAAUGUUUUUGACGAGGAUACUACUGUGGUUUCAGAUGUUGAAAAUAUCAAUUUCUAUGAUAAAGGUUAUAAGGAUGUAGAAAAGUUCCUUUCACAAUAUUUCAUCAAGCAAGAGCAAGAGGGAUGGAGCAUGCAUGAUGAUCCUCGUGCAGUUUUCUUUAAAGUCCUAUGCUUCGGGUCUGACGGGUGAAGCUGCAAAUCCUGUCUCCCCGAUGGCACGAGUAUUAGCUACUGUCCUUGCUCAAGCUGCGAGAAUAGAAAUCCUCCGCCCCUUAUUUGUGCUCCCAUCACUGCAUCCUCUCUGUUUUGUUGCUGCUUGUCUUAUAACUUAUUAACAUUGUUAACGAUGUUAUCCUAAAGCCAAAACACCGGUUGCUUGAAUAAUAUAUGAUUGCUUUACAAAUUUCAAAGAGUGAUUCUAUUCAGUGGGAGUUCGAAACAUUAUUACACAUGGUAUGGUUCAUGGAAUUAAGCAAGAUUUAGGAACGAACAGAAUCAUGCUGGAAAACUUUCAAAUCUGUACUUCUA